CGCGCAACGGGCGUGCGCACUCGCUUCUUCUGCUGCUGCUGUAGCUGCUGCGCGCCCCCGCCGGUGCGUGUGUGUAUGUGUUACGGUGAACUGGUGGUGGGAGAGCAGAGGAGAGGACCAGUGAGUGAGGCAGAGGAGGCAAGCGCAAGAGAGGCUCGGUGCCUGAACGGGACUCCGCGUAAUUCAGGGAGAGAAGCGCACACGGCGUCGCAGGGAAGCGGAGAGGGACGGAGCGGGCUUCGUGUUUCGCUGCGCACAGGGAGGAGGUCAGACUGAAGAAAAACACAGAGGAAGAAGCAGACAACUAGCCAUCGAGGAGGAGGAGAGAGGGGAUUUGGGUUUCUCGGUUGUGAAUGUGCACGUGUCCUCAGACGGUGUGACUGAGCAGAGAGGCGGGGCGUCGCUGUAUUCGGGGGCAGGUCUUUGCGUCACACGCCGACGAUGGAGAGGAGGAGGAUGGAGGCAGUGCUGCUUGUGCUGUUCCUGGGACACCUGGUCACUGCGCUGGAUGUCCCACUAGACCUGCCACAGCCACCGACCAUAACUCAAGAAUCCCCCAAGGAUUACAUCAUUGAUCCUCGAGAGAACAUUAUAAUCCACUGCGAGGCGAAGGGGAAGCCACAUCCCAGUUUCUCCUGGACAAGAAAUGGGACCCACUUUGACGUCGACAACGACCCCAAUGUGAACAUGAAGGCCCACUCAGGGACCCUGGUGGUGGAUAUCAGCAGAGAGAAGGUCGAAAACUAUGAGGGGGUGUAUCAGUGCACAGCAAGGAACAAACAUGGAACUGCUGUUUCCAACAACAUCGUCGUCCGACAGUCCAGAUCCCCGUUGUGGUCAAAGGAGAAGAUCAAGCCUAUCGUAGUCCAGGAGGGCGUGUCCUUGGUGCUCCCGUGUCGACCUCCGGCUGGCCUCCCUCCUCCCAUCAUAUUCUGGAUGGACAAUAACUUUCAGAGGCUGCCUCAGAGCAGGAGAGUGUCGCAGUCACUGAACGGUGACCUUUACUUUUCCAAUGUUCGCCGAGAGGACUCCAGGAACGACUACAUCUGCUACGCCCGCUUCCCUCACACACAAACCAUCCAGCAGAAACAGCCCAUCAACGUCCGGGUCCUCAACCUGGAUGCAAUCAAUGACACAAUGGCAGAUUUUUACAAUGACACUGAUUUAUUUAGUGAAGCCCCAGUGGAUGAGAGGAGGCCAACCUUCCUCAUCCCAUCUGGCACCUCCAGCACCAAGAUGGUGUUGAGAGGACACGUACUGGAGAUGGAGUGCAUUGCCGAAGGACUGCCCACCCCUGAAAUCUCGUGGACCAAAAUAAGUGGCGAUCUACCUGCCGGGCGCACAUUCUUCCUGCACUACAACAAGACCCUGCGCAUUGUGGACGUGUCCGAAUCGGAUGCAGCAGAUUACCGCUGCACAGCCAAGAACCAGCUCGGCGCGGUGCACCACACCAUCCGUGUCUCGGUCAAAGCUGCUCCGUAUUGGAUCAGUGGCCCUCCCAGGAACCUUGUUCUAGCUCCAGGAGAGAAUGGUACGCUGACCUGCAUGGCCAGUGGCACACCCAAACCCUCCGUUACCUGGGCUAUGAACGGCAUCCCCAUAGAGAAUUCGCCGAAGGACGUGAGCAGAAAGGUGGAAGACGACACCAUCAUCUUCACAGGUGUCCAGACUGGAUCCAGCGCUGUGUACCAGUGUAAUAUCUCCAAUGACUACGGUUACCUCCUGUCCAACGCCUUCGUCAACGUCCUCUCGGAGCCGCCCAGAGUGCUGACUCCGGCCAAUAAAGUCUACCAGGUCAUCAAAAAUCACCAGGCCAUGAUAGACUGCGCUUCCUUCGGGUCACCCAUCCCGAAAAUUACAUGGUUUAAAGGCAGUCGGUCCAUGAGCCUGGAUGGAGACUAUUACAUCACCCACAACAACGGGACUUUAGAGAUUUAUGUGGCUCAAGCCCAGAAUAGUGGAAAAUACACUUGCGUUGCCAGAAACAGCCUCGGUAUUUAUGAGAAUCACGUCCACCUGGAGGUCAAAGAGCCCACCCGAAUCCUGAAGCAGCCGGAGUACAAAGUGGUCCAGAGGGGCAGAUCUGUGGUGUUUGAGUGCAAAGUGAAACACGACCCCUCACUCAUCCCCACCAUGACCUGGCUCAAAGACGACGGAGAGCUGCCUGAUGAUGAGAGAUUGAUUGUGGACAAUGACAGCCUCACCAUCACUGAAGUGACAGAGAAUGAUGCAGGAGUGUACACCUGCAUCAUGAACACCACUCUGGACCAUGAUUCAGCCACCGCUGAGCUCACUGUUGUCGAAGCCACGCCAACACCAGCUGUUAUCCACGAGCAUCCCGACCCACCGACUGACCUCGAGCUGACAGACCAGAAAAAGAGGAGUGUUCAGCUCACUUGGACCCCUGGGGAUGAACAUAACAGUCCUAUUCAGAAAUUUCUGAUCCAGUAUGAGGACUCCCUGCACCAUCGAGGUCACUGGCACAAUCUCACAGAGGUCCCUGGAACCAGGACAACAGCUCACCUCAAACUGUCACCCUACGUACACUACACCUUCAGAGUUCUGGCUCUAAACGCGAUUGGCCCCAGCCGCCCCAGCUUCCCCUCCAGAAUGUACAGGACCGAUCCUGCAGCCCCAGAUGAAAACCCAACAGGUGUAGAGGGAUUUGGAACAGAACACAACAAUCUUGUAAUCUCCUGGAAGCCACUGUCAGGCUUCCAGGCUAAUGGCCCAGGGCUUCACUACAAAGUGAUGUGGAGGCAGAAAGCGCUGGACAGUGAUUGGACCACAGUGACUGUGGCCAACAACUCCAAGUUUGUUGUGGUCGGAACGCCCACGUUUGUUCCAUAUGAGCUGAAAGUUCAGGCUGUAAACGACCACGGAGAAGGACCUGAGCCGAAGAUUGCCGAAGGCUACUCAGGAGAGGACUUGCCGAUUGCAGCACCAGAAAAUGUGCAGGCUAUAAUAGUAAACAGCACCCUGGCAAAGGUGCACUGGGAUCCUGUUCCUUUUCACUUAAUACGAGGACAUCUCAAAGGAUAUAAGGUGUAUUACUGGAGAAAGCACAGCCUCCACAAGCACAACCCUGAUCACAUGGAGAAGGACAUCCUGACCUUCAGCGGGAACCACACCCACGGCAUGCUGCCUGGUCUGCACCCUUUCAGCCUCUACUCAUUCAAUGUCAGGGUCUUUAACGGCAAAGGAGAGGGUCCCCCGAGCCCAACCCAGCAAUUUAAGAUGCCAGAGGGAGUGCCGGGGCCUCCUACUUCGUUGUUGGUCUCUAACCCAAACCUGGACUCUCUGACCCUUGAAUGGGGUCCUCCUCAUGACCGCAAUGGACACAUUACUGGCUACACACUCAAAUAUCAGCCAGUCAAUAACUCCAAUGAACUGGGCCCACUGGAGGAGGUGGCCCUGGCCGCCAAUGAGACCUCAAUCACUUUGCCCAACCUCAAGUACAGCACACGCUACAAGUUUUAUUUGAGUGCCAAAACAGUCACUGGACCAGGCCCCGACAUUACUCAGGAAGUUGUCCCCGUCAUGGAUGAAGGGAACACCCAAACCUCUCAUCCCAUUGCAUGGUCUCCACCGCGCCGUCCACCCCACAAGGCGAGUCCUUUUGGAAACGUUAGCUACGCCGUUGGUGACGACGGGGCCCUGAUCAGUUGGGAGUACUGGGGCCUGGAGAAAAACGUUUAUGUAGAAUACGUAGUAAAAGACAGUGAAGGAGAAGAGGAGUGGCAGAAAGAGCUGGUGAAUGGCUCUCAGAACUUUAUGCUGAAAGGCUUAAAGGAGGGCCUCUCCUAUAGGGUGCGUUUGGUGACCAAGGGUCACCAAGACCAGCUGCUCCACUGCUCCGAGGAGCUUUUGGUCACGGUCCCAGCUGUGGCGAGCAGACAGGUGGACAUCGCCACUCAGGGAUGGUUCAUUGGCCUCAUGUGUGCCAUCGCUCUGCUCAUCCUGAUUCUUCUCAUAAUCUGCUUCAUCCAGAGGAAUAAAGGAGGGAAAUACCCUGUCAAAGAGAAGGAGGACGCCCACACAGACCCAGAGUUCCAGCCCAUGAAAGACGAUGACUGUACUUUUGUGGAAUACAGUGACAAUGAGGACCAUAAACCAUUAAAAGGGAGCCGCACGCCGUCUAAUGGGACAGUUAAGAGAGACGACAGUGACGACAGUUUAGUUGACUACGGGGAAGGAGGAGACGGACAGUUCAACGAGGAUGGCUCCUUUAUCGGCCAGUAUAGUGGAAAGAGUGCCAGCAGGGACACUGCUGAGGGCCAUGAGAGCUCGGAGGCCCCGUCCCCUAUAAAUGCCAUGAACUCCUUGAACUCUUUUGUGUAGCCAACAAGUCCUCACAGGCCAUGUGAGGUGCUGCUCAGACUGCUCACAUCCCCCUCGAUCCCCACUUUUCUCUUAGAGGGCUGUCCCGACGCAGCAUGGCUUUAUGAUCACACAUCCAUCCCCAGUUCCACACAUGAGACUCGUUAAAGACACUGGAAAUCUUUAGGGAGAAGCUUGGAAACUCAUACCUACAUAAUUACCGCCUAAGCAGCAUCUAGAAAGGAAGUAGCUCAACCGUAACUUUGAUUUUAACAGUACACAAAAUACCUGAUGUUACCUAAAUCCAUAUAUUACUUAACACUUUGAUAUUAACAAGUGUUGCAUUCUUACCUGAAAUCUCAUAUAGACUAUGCAGUGCUUGUCUGAACUAUAUUUGUUUAUGUUGAUGGUUAUUAUAUUAUGUGGUAUGUUCAAAUACUGUUCAGUGUCUACAGUAAAUAGUUGUUACUUCAUGUUUUUUUUUUUUCCAACACAGAAGCUUGUACCGGAAUCUGUCAUAAUGUAAUACAUUCAUGAUGUAAUGUAUCAAAUGGGUGUAUUACAUUCACCGUGAUGCAUUUACAAUCCACAAGGCAGGUUUUGGGAGCAGUGCACACGGCAUGCUUGAGACUGCUGCAUUAAUAUGUCUUCAUCUGUCACCACUGUCAGACUGCACCUAUUAAGGAGGAAUCUGAAAUGCUGCAUGGCAUGUCACAUGACCUCCCAACCUUUGCCCUGCAUGUGACCUCCUCCUAUGAGCUCAGUCUGAAGGCCAGUUGGGAGCACUGAGAGUGUAACAGCUUGCCUCAGUGCUCCCCUGCCGUGCUCCUUCAGCAGGUAGUGCCUUUUCUUCAAAACAAUGAUUCAGUUCUGAAGUCUCUUUCUGGAGUUCAAUGAUUGGAACAGAGACAACCGUACGACGGCAGAAGUUCAAAGGAUGGAUGAGGCAAACUUAACAAGAGGACUCUGAGGACGGAAGAAUAAUUCAUACAAACUUGACAUCUUUCUUUUUUUUCUGAGAUGCCUCCCAAUGCCUUGAGACACAGAACUGACUUUGAUUCCUCCAAGAAGUGAAAUGCACCUACAUUGGAUCAGAUUAAAACAUCGUUGAAAUAACUUCUGGUGCAUAAAGUCUACAGCCAUUAUGUACAGUACUAGAUAGUAUUUCUGCAGUGUAUUAAUGAAUGGAUAUCUGUGAGGGUGUGUGUGUGUGUGUGUGCGCGCGGAUGUGUGUACAUUAGCUAUUCAAUUCCUAUUAGGCAAAAGUGGUUCAUUUGUACUAACUACACUUGAGGGCCUUUGGAUGGGAUCAAGAUUUCUUUUCUCUUAACUUGCAUCAAGUUUUAUUUUUUUUUAAAGACCUGUAGAAUAUUUGUUGAAUUUGUAAAUACCAUAAUCGAUUGUACAGGGACAAGAAGCAGCGUGUGAGGCAGCUUAAGCAGCAACAUUGUGCAUGAUACGGCUUAACUUGUUGAUAGGACUGUAUUAAAUAUAGACUACUUGUAGAGAAUGAAUAUAAAUAUAUACAUAUAUUCUUUUGUUUUCUUGCUGUGCACUGUGUACAUUGUACUGUAACUAACUGGACAGAAAACUGCAUAUAAAUUCAAAAUCUGCUUGUUUUCUGAUUUGCUUGGCAGCGAGUUACUUACUUUGGUUUUGUACAACGAUAUCAUGAUGCACCGAAUUAUAUUAUUCUGAUUUGUAUUGCUUCCAUACAGUCCCGCUAUACUCCUAAAAUGAUGCUCUUUUCUGACAAUAUUGCAAAUGAUUUUGUAUUUAAGGAACAGAUUUGUACUAACAGAUACUUUCUUUGUCGCUAUUUAAGUUUUUUUCCCUUCCUUUUAGUGCAAGUAUGAAAUUCAAACUACAGGAUAUACAAUGAAUGAAUAAAUAAUUGUCUGGUUUAA